GCCUAAAUUGAUCGUUGGAACCCAAUCAAUGUCAUUCGUUGAAUACAAAUAUGCAGGUUUACCUAUUACAAACAAUUCAGAUGUAAGGGAUGAAAACUAUGAGAAUUACAAUAAUAACUACCUGAGACAAAGUGAUGUGAACACACAAAAUAGUUGCAACUUCUUCCAUAAAUCAACGCAAUAGGUUUGACAUACAACACAGAGUGCCAGACUACAGUAACAUUGAGCCGAACAACAAGGUGAUUCGAAGAAUCAAGCCAAGUCUGCAGCUAGUUACGGCUAUCCCCCGCCAUGGUGCGCACUAGUCGACUAGCCGCACGACUUUUCGCUCUGCUUACACCGAGGAAUCUUAAAAAGAGACCGCUGGACGUCAACGGCUUGCACCGGGCGACAUCCUCUUCCGUUUCGUCCCACUCGCGGACGCUUUUGAACGCCGUGCUGCAGACGGCUAAUCCGCCGCUGGUCGUCGGAUAUUUCAUCGUCUUCUCCUAUUCAGCUCUACUGGCUCCGUCGACGCUCCUGGCAGCCGUUUUCGUCGCUUCCAUCGCUUCCCUCCUCUCAGAGUUGUGCAGGUACGAGUUUCUCACCUGCCGACGCAACACGUCGGCAUGCCCGUACAUUUGCACCUACCAAAUGAUGGGCGAAUUCGCCGCUCACCUUUACGGAUGGAUCCAGUUGCUGAGUCGCGGAGCUGUGGCGGCUCUGGUGGCCCGCGGAGUCGGAUCGGUUCUAGUCCUGGUAUUCGGCCGGACGUUGAUCCAGUACGAUUUCCAAUUCGUCAACGAGGAUUCGUUUGGUAUCAUAGCCCAAUUGAUGGUCUCCCUGUUUGUCCUGCUCGGUCUGAAGAUGACCACGCCCUUUGCAGUGGCAAUCAAACUGUUCACCGUGAUGGCCAUUUUCCUAUUCAUGUCACAAAUCGGAAGUUUCACUCUGCCGGAAAGUGAAGUCCAACAUCACCAUCCGCCAUCCAUCGAUGUGUCUUCCAAAGAGGAAUUCCUAAUGGCUGCCGCAUUGUUGAGCAUGACAUUCAAGCCGGAAAACAAGGAGACUCACAUUCUCACCAAAUCGUCGCUCAUGUCGGCUUUUCUCGGAAUUCAAUACUGCUCCACCCUGUUCCUCUUUGUCAUCAUGUCCAUCUUCCAUUGCUUCUUACCGCCCAGCGUUUUCAGCCACAUCAAAAGCGGAUCGCCGUUGCUGGAAAUUUGGAUGAGCCUGGCCUCGGGUCCCCAUUGGUCUGCUGCCAUUUUCUCGUGCUGCUGCAUCCUGGUCGGCUCCCUGUCGCUGGUGGAAGCGAUUCAAGAUUCCAAACGUCAAAUCAAUAAAAUGUCGGCCGACGGACUCAUUUGGAAGCGGUUGGCGGCCGACCCGAAAUUGGUUUUGAUUGUGCACGGCAUCAUUUCCGUCGGCCUGCACUUGACAGUGUCCACUCUGAAUUUGAUCUUCAUCCUGGCGUUUGUCCACCUUGGCCUGGAUUCCAUCCUGGGCGUGGCCGUCACCUUCAGACGAUACUGCAGCUAUUCUUCCACGCGUCAACUGUCCCAGCCAACCAACAAGACGAGGGCUGGCGGCGGCGGAGGCCGGAAGGGUCGCCAGAACGGCGGCUACGACGUGCUGGCCGACGGGCAGUCGUCAUCCCAGCCGUCCCAGCAAAGUCGAGCGGAAGAUUCAGAGUCGGACGAGACGGACAUUGACGCGGCCGUCGACGACUACAAGACGCAAAUGUACGUGUCGACGGUGAUGCACUGGAACGGGUCGGAGGUGGUCAACAACCAAGAGUCGCCGGAAGUGGAUGCAAGUCGAGUCUCUUCCAGGGUGUCGUGCCUGCUGCUGGCCGUCUCGAUCGUCAUCCUCGUCACGUCGCUGGCCAUGCGCUGGAUCAUCAGCGACCCCAACUGGUUCUCCAUGUCCAUCACCAUGUGCUCGUUCGUCGUCUACAAUGUCAUCCUGUUCGUCAUUUGGACGCAUCCGCAGAGGUUGACGAGCAGCAAUCCGACGCUCAAAGUGCCGUGUGUUCCGUGGAUUCCGGUCGGGUCGACGCUGUUCCACUGCAUCAUGCUAUUCCAAUUACCGGCCCUGUCCUGGAUUGUUUCAUCACUCUGGCUCCUAACAGGAAUGGCCGUCUAUUUCGGCUACGGUUAUGGCCACAGUCGUCUCAAUUUCAAAUUGCAAGAUUCGAAUUUCAGCCAGGGCGGCGGAAUUGGUGGCAAUGUCAAAACGGGCGACAUGCCAAUCGCUCGCAGCAGGAACCCAGCACACAAGUUACGCAUUCUACCUGAAGCGGUGAUGAACCUCAACGUCACGUCGUCCAGCAUCGCAGUCUACCCCCAACCCUACUACAAAAUUUAAUAUAUAUCAAACGGAAAUGGAUUAUUACAAAUCGAAUAAUUAUUUAGUUAUUUAACCGAUUCAACGACGACGGACACGACGGUCGAAUUGCUGCAACAUGUAGAAUGUAUUUGAAAUAUUUGGAAAUGGAAAUUACACACCGAAGUAACUCUCUCGUAAAAAUCGGCAACCGUGCAAACGCCAAUUUCGAAUUCAAUAGAAAUCAAAA